AUGAAAGUCGAUCAAGCUGAUUUGCGUUGGAUGUGUCCGCUCGAGUGGCUGGCAUUCGAAACGACCACCGAGGUUGAAGAUCACGACCGUAUUGAAGGCCAGGAGGACGCCGUAGCAGCGUUGACUUAUGGCCUGUCGGUGCCUUGUGACCAGCAGCAUAUCUAUGUGCGGGGCAUGAAUGGUAUCGGCCGUAUGAGUUUGUUGACGCAGUUAGCGAAGGAUAUGCAACCCUUCUGCGCGCCCGUGUCGGAUAAAGUUUUUGUACAUAAUUUUGUUCAGCCAACCAAGCCAGUUUUGAUCGAAUUGCCGCGCGGCAAAGCCCCUCAGUUUGCAGACCUGAUGGUGCGCUUUACCAAUUUUGUCCGCGAUGAGCUGAAGAAGUAUCUCAACUCUGAUGGCCUGCGCAGCCGGCGCAAUAAAGUGCAGGAGGAAGCGCAACAGGCGAUGCAGCGCCUGGGCGCACCAUUUGAAGACUCUAUGCGUGAACAGGGGCUUGUGCUUGUGCCCAUGGAAGCGGGUGGCGUGAUGGUCCCUUCAAUCUUGCCGGUGAUCGAUGACAAGCCGGUGAAUUCUGUUGAGUUCAGUGAAUUACGCCGUACCGGUAAGCUGUCGGAUGAAGAGGCUGAAAAAAUCAUGGCGAAAAUCGGCAGCGCCAGUGAGGUACUGAGCGAAGUCACGGAGAAAGUUCAGGAAGUCCAGGAAAAGUAUGCGGAGCAGCUUCAACAACUGGUUAGACAGGAAGCCAGGGAUAUCGUGCAUCGGCGACUGCAGGUCAUCAAUAACAUUGCGCCGGAUGAAAAGCUGGCCAGGUUUCUGGUCGACGUUGAAGAAGACCUGGUCACCAAGCGUCUGGCAGAGCUGGAAAACCCGGCCUUAUCUCAACUGUACAGCGUUAACGUCAUUGCCACCCACGCGGACGACGAAGAGAUCCCAAUAGUGAUCGCGGGAAAUACAUCGGUACAACACUUGCUCGGAUCGGUACCACAUCACUUUACGCCUAGUGGUGCGAUGUACAGCGAUCACACAAUGAUUCAGGGCGGAUCGCUGAUCGCCGCAGAUGGCGGCUACCUGUUUGUUGAGGUUCGGGAUUUGUUGGAAGAGCCGGGUGCAUGGCUGCAACUGACCCGGGCGUUGCGAUCACGUGAAGUCGAUCUCUCCGCUCAGGAAUUCUCACCAAUAACAAGUGGGGCGACGUUAGCGCCACAGCCCAUACCGAUUCAGGUCAAAGUGGUACUGUUAGGCGAUUAUUACACCCACCAGAUGCUGGAUGCCUAUGAUCCACGUUUUGGCGAGUUGUUCAAAAUCCUUGCUGAUUUCGAUGAUUCAAUGCCGCGUACGCAGCAGAGUGUGGCUAUCUUUGCCAGUGUUGUCGCUAAAAUUGUUAAAAAGCGCGAUCUGUUGCCACUGACCGCGACUGGCGUGGCGCUGGUGGCGGAACAUAGCGUCCGGAUCGCGGGACAGAAAGACCGCAUAUCGGUGCGUUUUGGUCGCAUCGGCGACAUUCUCCGCGAGGCGGACUGGGUUGCCCGGCGCCGUAACGGUGAAACCAUCACCAGAGAGGAUGUUGCCAAGGCGAUCGAGUCGGGUCGACAGCGCUCAGAUCUGUCUGUGCGUCGAUUUCGCCGUAUGAUUAAAAACGGUGACAUCAACAUCCACGUAACAGGCGAGCGUACGGGGCAGAUCAAUGGUCUGGCAGUGUCACGCACCGGGCCGCUGACCUACGGAUUUCCAGCCAGAAUCACAGCGUCUGUAGGUGCGGGUACUCAAGGCACAAUCAACAUAGAACGGGAAGCUAAUCUCUCCGGCAGUAUUCAUACCAAAGGUUUCAGCAUCGUUGAUGGCGUAAUGAGACGCCUGAUCAGAGUCGAUCAUCUGAUGGCAUUCACCGGUUCAAUUGCGUUCGAACAGAGUUAUGGGGGUAUCGAUGGUGAUUCCGCAUCGUGCGCAGAACUGUGCGUAUUGCUCAGUGCAUUGUCCGAAGUACCGCUGCGACAGGAUCUGGCGAUAACCGGCGCGAUAGAUCAGCAAGGCAACGUACUGCCCAUCGGUGGUGCCACGGAAAAAAUCGAAGGCUUCUAUGCCACCUGCAAAGACCUGGGUAUCACAGGUAGCCAGGGUGUGAUUAUUCCUCAAUCAAACGUGGGGGAUCUGGCACUGAGUGAAGAGCUUGUGGAGGCUGCUGAACGGGGCGAAUUUACAGUGUACAGCGUUUCAAACGUAUACGAAGCGCUGAGCCUGUUGAGUGGCAAACAGGAACAACCAAGAGGUGCUGAUGGUUACGCAGCUGGAUCGUUGCUGGCCAUGGCAGAAGAGCGCGUUACAGCCUACUGGCGACUUUUAUCAAUCAAAAGCAGUACUGACCCUGAUCCACAAGGGGUUUAG